AGAAGGUGUCACAUCCUGCUGGUCAGAGGUGAAAGGUUAAAAACAACAUGGCGGCGGCCAAACGUGUGCUUUAUGUUGGUGGUUUAGCAGAAGAAGUGGAUGAGAAAGUCUUGCAUGCAGCGUUCAUUCCAUUUGGCGACAUCACAGAUAUUCAGAUCCCUCUGGAUUAUGAAACUGAGAAGCAUCGUGGUUUUGCCUUCAUCGAGUUUGAGCUGGCUGAGGAUGCUGCAGCGGCCAUUGACAACAUGAACGAGUCGGAGCUCUUUGGUCGGACCAUCAGAGUGAACGUCGCCAAACCCAUGAGGAUUAAAGAGGGCUCGUCUCGACCUGUCUGGUCUGAUGAUGAUUGGCUGAAGAAGUUCUCAGGGAAGACGAUAGAGGAGGCCGAGGAGGCGGAGCCAACCGGAGAAGCGACCAAAACCCCGACCCAAGAGGGUGAACUACCAGCGAAGAAGGGCAGGGUGAACCCACAGGUCUACAUGGACAUCAAGAUCGGUAAUAAACCUGCAGGAAGACUGCGCAUGUUACUCAGAGCAGAUGUGGUGCCCAUGACAGCAGAGAACUUCCGCUGCCUCUGUACACACGAGAAAGGUUUCGGCUUCAAGGGCAGCAGCUUCCACAGAAUCAUCCCUCAGUUCAUGUGUCAGGGAGGAGACUUCACCAACCACAACGGCACCGGCGGCAAGUCCAUCUACGGACGCAAGUUUGACGACGAGAACUUUGUGCUCAAACACACCGGCCCAGGUCUGCUCUCAAUGGCGAACUCUGGGUCGAACACAAAUGGCUCACAGUUCUUCAUCACCUGUGAUAAAACGGACUGGCUGGAUGGCAAGCACGUGGUGUUCGGAGAGCUGCUGGAGGGCAUGGACGUGAUGCGGGCCAUGGAGGCUCAGGGAAAUAAAGAUGGCAAACCCAAACAGAAGGUGAUUAUAUCUGACUGUGGCGAGUACGUCUGAGCACCUGCACAACGUUUGUGUGUGAAGAGAGAGCUUGAAAUUCUUCUGGUUUAAACAGAUGUUUCUUUUGUAUGAUGGAUUUGUAAAUAUCGAAUAAAUUUUUAUAAUGAAAA